UAGCCUACAUCUGGAUUCGUCAGUGUGACUGUAGACCAGUGUUCUCUAGUGACUGAGGACUGAUAGGUUGAGAGAGUGCCCGGGCCCGAUGUGCUGUGAUCCGCGGCUUCGCAGACGGGGGGGUUGGGUGGCUGUGCGGAUUGGUUGCUCAGCUCUGCUCGCCAACACAGCCAGUCCGUCUAGCACGGUUUGUUUUAACAUAACUGGAGGGGCAUUUCGACAGCCCGCAAAACAACCAUGUAGUAAAAAUGAUAUUGUAAUUGCUAGGGACUAAGGUGGUGUACGCUACACUGACUUUUUAUGCACUAAAAUGGAAGGUUACAUUUUUCUUUGGUCUAUUGGUGACUGUUUUGGAAAGGCCGCCGCUGGUGAGAUAGGACAGGAGGUGAAGGGGAGAGAAUGAGAGCUGUUGGUCUUUCUUGGCCUAGUGCUGCUGCUACUGCUGGGAUUGUGCAGAUCCGCUUUCACAAAUCGAAAAAAACACACGCUUCAUGCCCCAAUCUGAAAGACCCGCAGUUGGUGUUAUUGUGACCGACCUCCAAAUGGAAGGAGCCAUGACAACAUGAAUUCUUCAUACAGACGGGCUCUUCGGGGCGGCUCAGCUUCAGCCACAUCUUAUAGCUCAGGCCAGCCAGAGCUGAGGCCCCCCAAUCGCCUUUCAGUUUCCACCACUUCGUAUAGAAACCAGUGCAACAGCAGCGCCAAGCGUGGCUCAACAGACCAACCUUCGACGACCAUGCAACUGUCAACCUCCUCCCUCAAACAGGCACCUAGCUACGGGUAUAACCAGGCAGAGAAGGAGAGGCCCCACUGCUACAGUCCUCUGCUGAGGCUCCAGGACCUCUCCACUAUGGUACACAGACCUGGGUCUGAUCUGGGACCCGGGACCCAGCCCAAGGACCUCCAUGCCAGGAACCAUUUGCACUCUCACAGCCCAGUGGGAGGCUCUAGUUUUGGGGCUCCCCUGGUCCGACUGCCCCCUCUACUGGUAACGAAGAGACAGAACCCUGCGAGGAUUCCAUGCGGGAUCAGAACGGUUUCUCUCCUGUUAGUUCUGAUAGUUUGGAGCGCUGCUCCCCCAUCCCCAAUGGAUACCUGCAUUUCGAGUCCACCUUGUUUGACAGUGGGGACAGGGAGGAUGAGGAGGAUGAGGAGGAAGAGUUGGUACCUUUUCAACAACACUCUUCUAAGUCCCCCAGAGACAGAACGGUCACAGACUCUAACACCACCUCUGGUUCAGGGGUAGGCCAUAACAGCACAUACAAACCCUCUGUUCUCAACCUGAUGUCUAAGAGUCUGUCUGAACUGGACCCUACUCUGAGCCCCAGUGCGCUGCCUGACAUGUCCAUGGGGGAUGGCUGGAGUAUGGACCAGGACUCUGACAGUGACAGUGUGAUGACAGGAGACACACAUGACCAUGGUCUCACCUCACCUGUUGGAACCAACUCGAAUUCCAACAGCCCAAAGAAGAAGCCCCUCCCAGCAGUGCAGUACUUGGAGGGAGAUCUGGUCUGGGCCAAGUUCAACCGCCGCCCCUGGUGGCCCUGUAGAGUUACCAUAGAUCCUCUGGAGGGGAUACACACACGCAUGAAAGUCCCCAGUCGUCGUCCUUGUCGUAUGUAUUACGUGGAGACUGUGGCGGAGAUGGCAGACCAUGCCUGGGUACCUGGGAAAGUUACCUACCCCUUCACAGGAGGAGAGCAGUUCUCAGAUCUGCCUGUGCUGAGACGGAGAGGGAAACAGAGGGAAAAGGACUACAAAUACACAAUACCCAAGCGGCUGUUGGAGUCGUGGAAAGUCAGUGUGCUGGAAGCUGAGUUUCUCCUACCUGACCUGCUGAAGAAUACUGCUGUCUCUUCUUCCAUGGCCUUUAACGGUGAAGAGCGGGUGUCCUCCCCACUGCCUGAUGAAAAAACAUCCGAGGCCCCCUCUUGUUCCUCCUUUAACCUCACUGCACCCCCCUCCCUCAGCCCUCCCCCCAACAGAAACAAACAUCCCCCUGCUGCCGACCUGGCUGUAGCGAACGACAGUAGCAGCAAAAAUAAACCCUGCCAGAAGAAGAAGAGGAAGAGGAAGGGUUUGGCGGAGAUCUUUGGUCAUAUAGCUGCAAGUCCCACAGAGUCAAUAAGCAUCCUAGACUUGGCCAACCAAAUGCCUGCUGCUGCAGCUGAUCCACUGAAAGAAGAAGAUCCCAAGGACUCUCCAUACGCAGACCUGGAUUCUGUACCAACCAUUGUGCGUCCCAAACGGUCUGAGAAACCUGCUAAAGAAGACACAGAGAAAUCGUCUGAACCCUCACAAGAGGUAGAGAAAGGGGGCAAGAAGGAGCGGGCUACUCCUCCUGAAAAGACCAAAGACAGGCAUGUGGUCAUGGUGGUUCCUAGGCAUGUAGUUCCUAUAUCCUCAUCUCCAAGCAUUUUAGCAAACAAAUCUCUUUUAAAUUACAGAACUACAAAAAACACAAAUGUUUUACAGUCAAAACAGAAGUUGGGCAGCUCUUCUGAACUGACGAAUAAAAAUGAUCAUGAUAAGCAGUCUCUGCAUCUCCCUGCCAGCAGACGUCUGAUGACCAGGGCCCUGAAAGCAGAGAAGGAGACGGAACUCAAAGAGGCUCUGCUGGCCUCAAGCCAAAACUUGAGAGACGAUAGGCUUAAUGUGCGUUCUUCUGAUGAUGAUGAUGAUGAUGAUGAGCAUAACGUUCAGAUCAGAACAGAGUCGUCUACUAGCAGGGAUUCUUCACCAGACAAAGCCAGAUCCUCUGCUAGUCACAGCUCUCCUAAAAAACAGCCCGAGUCUGAUUGGAAGCACCUCCACAACGGAUCAUGGAAAAACUCUGAAGAUGUGACUCCAGGGUCCAGUAAGCCUGUCAUACCCUCUAUUAAUGUCAAGGAAGAGAACAUUGUCUCAGACAUAUCCUCCUGUUCUUCCUCCACCUCCUCUCUCUCUCCCAUGGACACUUUCCAAGAUAUCAAGGAGCUGUCAUUCAAAUCCUUAGUGAAGGAGGAGAGAGACUCUGGGGAAUCUAACACUAACUUUAAACCUGAGCCUAAUUACAAGUUCAGUACUUUCCUGAUGCUCCUGAAGGACAUGCAUGAUACCAGGGAGAAAGAGGGCAAGCCCCUGACCAUGCCUCCCUUGCCAGACCUCAUCAAGGAAGAACCCAUGGUAAUACCCACCGCCCAACCACCAGACAACCCCCUUAACGCUGCUGCUGGCGGGGACUGGACACCAACGGGGACCAAAAUCCAAAACGGCCAGCAUGCGAGCUCGCCAACAACCAAGAGAACACCGGCCAAACCCAAGUCUAAAAAUAAACCCAUCAUAAAAAAUGAAACGUACAAACAUGUAGGGAAAACGGUACUGGCUCAGAUGGUGGCGAACGCAGUAGAGAAGCAGCAGCGGAGGAAGCCGAGGCCUCCAGCCAAACUCCGGGCCACCAUCGCUGGUCUCUCUCCCGAGAUGGCCGACCUAGCCUGGGGGAGGGAGUUUGUCUCUGGGCACGCUGACCUGGCUGAGCCUGGCCUCGGCCCUCCUCUUCCUCCUGUCCCCUCCGCUGUUGACUCCUCAUCCUACCUCGACAAGAGCCCGGGUACCAAAGUGGCCCCUAAGAAGCGCUGGCAGACGUUUGCUCAGCAGGGGCCGGUGAAGCCAGGGAAGGAUCCAGGGGACCUGGGUGGGGUGGCCUCACCGCAGGGGCCUGUGGAGGUGAAUGGGAUCUACAGAGAUGGCCAGGGAGGGACACCAGACCGCAUCAGGUCCCAUGAUCUGAACCUGGGGAUGGAGAAGCAAGAUGACACAUCAGCACAUUCUGAAAACAAACGGCUGAGGAAACCCAGCAAAAGACUGCUGGAAUCUACAGAGGAGGAACAAUUUUUCUCCCCGAAGAAAAAACUAAAGAAACCUCUGGAAUCUUCCAAAACUCCUCUGAGCCCUUCCACAGUUCCAGGCCCAGCCCUGCUAACAUCCACCUCUACUCCCAGCCCCACCCCCACCCCUGGACCUACCUCUGGGGAGCCAGCCAGCCCCACCCCUGGGCCUACCUCUGGGGAGCCAGCCAGCCCCACCCCUGGGCCUACCUCUGGGGAGCCAGCUAGUCCCACCCCUGGGCCUACCUCUGGGGAGCCAGCCAGCCCCACCCCUGGGCCUACCUCUGGGGAUCCAGCGAUCACCACCCUUGGAUCUACCUCUGGAGAGCCAACCAUCACGACCACUGACCCUAACUCUGGAGCGCUACCCAGCACCAAGGCCCUAGCAGGGCUGAAACAGAGUCUGUCUCAAGAUGUCCUCCACCGUGUUAUAAAAUCAUUAUCCAAACAAUCCUCAGCAGUGACCUCUUUCUCUACUGAAUCAACAUCAUCAGAUGUGACAAACCCUCCUCUGCCCUCUGCCCCAGUAUCCCUAGAGAGGAAGAGGCCAAGGAAGCCAUCUCACAAGGUCCUGGAAUGCACCAUAGAAGAAGUAUCACUCAGUCCUCCAAAGAAGAAGGAGUUGAAGAAGCAGAGUGGACAGACAGAGGAGAAGACAGAAGUCGGGGACACUCAGGUUAAGUCUGUGAAGAAAGAAGGGCCUGUAUCCAGUGUGACACCUCCAGAGAGCAUGGUUUCUCUGCAGGGCUCCUCUCCUGCCCGGCCCUCUAGCCCUACGGUGCUCCUCACCCCCAAGGAAGAGACCGAGAAGAUCAGUCCUGGGGUGGGAGGAGAGCGCCACACCAACGGAGAGAGAUCACCCAAACCUGAGGUGUUCUCUCCUGGUCUGAAUGACAGUUUCUCCCUACCCGGUGAAGGGUCCCUGGUCUCCAGCACUAAGAAGAACACAGCAGAGAAAGGAGGAGCUGCGUCCAUGAAGGAGAAUGUCUGUCAGGUGUGUGAGAGGACAGGUGAGCUGCUGCUGUGUGAGGGCCAGUGCUGUGGUGCGUUCCACCUGCAGUGUAUCAGCCUAUCAGAAGCGCCCAGAGGGAAGUUUAUCUGUAGUGAAUGCACUAUAGGGAUCCACACGUGCUUUGUGUGUAAGAAGUCUGGCGACGGUGUGAAGAGGUGCAUGGUGCCUGUAUGUGGGAAGUUCUACCACAAUGAGUGUAUCCUGAAACACACACCCACCCAGCCCCAGAAUAAAGGGGUUCGCUGCUCCCUCCACGUCUGUCUGUCCUGCCACAUCACCAACCCCCUCAACUCCUGCACUUCUAAAAGUCGUCUGACCCGCUGCGUGCGUUGCCCUGUGGCGUACCACGCUAAUGACUACUGUAUGGCGGCGGGCAGCGUAGUCCUGGCCAACAACAGCUUCCUGUGUCCCAACCACUUCAUUCCCCGCAAGAACUACAAGAACCAUGAACACAUCAACGUCAGCUGGUGCUUUGUCUGCUCAGAAGGGGGCAGUCUGUUGUGCUGCGAGUCUUGUCCUGCUGCCUUCCACCAAGAGUGUCUGAACAUCGAGAUGCCCGAGGGGAGCUGGUUCUGCAACGACUGCAAGGCCGGGAAGAAACCACACUUCAAGGACAUCCUCUGGGUUAAAGUGGGAAGAUACAAGUGGUGGCCUGCGGAGGUGUGUCUUCCUAAGAACGUCCCAGAGAACAUUCUCCGUAUGAAACACGAGGUGGGGGAGUUUCCCGUUCAGUUCUUUGGUUCUAAGGACUAUGCCUGGACCUACCAGGCCCGAGUCUUCCCUUACAUGGAGGGAGAUGCCAACAACAAGGACAAGAUGGGGAAGGGUUGUGACGCCAUCUACAAGAAAGCUCUGAAUGAAGCUGCUGAGCGGUUCAAAGCUCUUCAGGAUGAGAAGGAGAUGAGACAGCUUCAGGAGGACAGGAGGAACGACAAGAAACCUCCUCCCUACAGACACAUCAAGGUGAACCGACCAAUCGGCAAGGUCCAGAUCAUCACGGCGGACCUAUCGGAGGUGCCGCGCUGUAACUGCAAGGCGUCUGAUGAGAACCCGUGUGGCAUGGACUCCGAGUGUAUCAACCGCAUGUUGAUGUAUGAGUGCCACCCUCAGGUGUGUUUGGCAGGGGAGAGGUGUCUGAACCAGAGUUACACCAAGAGACAGUACACCCAGGUGGAGAUCUUCAGAACCUUGUCACGAGGCUGGGGGCUACGGGGCGUCUCCGACAUCAAGAAGGGUGCAUUUGUGAAUGAGUACGUGGGGGAGGUGAUAGACGAGGAGGAGUGCAGAGCCAGGAUCAAACAUGCUCAAGAGAACGACAUCUGUAACUUCUACAUGCUCACUCUGGACAAGGACCGGAUCAUAGACGCUGGACCCAAGGGGAACCAGGCGAGGUUCAUGAAUCACUGCUGCCAGCCCAACUGUGAGACUCAGAAGUGGACGGUAAACGGAGACACCAGGGUGGGGCUCUUUGCCCUGGAGGACAUCCCCAAAGGUGUGGAGCUGACCUUCAACUACAACCUGGAGUGUCUUGGUAAUGGGAAGACGGUGUGUAAAUGUGGAGCGUCCAACUGCUCUGGGUUCCUGGGGGUUCGACCGAAGAACCAGCCAUCUAAAGCACGGGAAGGAAGGGAACUAAAGGAGGGCAAGAAGAAGGUUCUGGUGAAGAGGAAGCCUCAGCAGGAGGUGACGAAGGAGAGGGAGGACGAGUGUUUCAGCUGUGGGGACGGAGGACAGAUCGUGUCCUGUAAGAAGACAGGAUGUCCCAAGGUCUACCACGCAGACUGUCUCAACCUGGCCAAGAGACCUGCAGGCCGUUGGGAGUGUCCCUGGCACCAGUGUGACAUCUGCGGUCAUGAGGCAGCCUCCUUCUGUGAGAUGUGUCCCAGCUCCUUCUGCACGCAACACCGUGAGGGCUUGCUCUUCAUCUCUAAGAUAGACGGGCGGCUCGCCUGCAACGAUCACGACCCCUGUGGACCCGAGCCCCUGGAACCCGGGGAGAUCAGGGAGUACGUACCUCCUGGGGGCAUGCCUCUCCCCCACCUCCUCACCCACCCCCAGGGUCAGGUCCCACCCAGGCCUGGUUCCACCACUGCUGGUUCUAUCCCCUCCACAGUUGCCCCAGGCCUGGCCCAGGACUCGCUACUGCCCCCUACAGGGAGCCUGUUCCUCAACACCUCACAGACCUCCAACACUUUCUCAUACGGACCCCCUAGCAGUCCCUACAUGUCUGAUAGUCAAAUACUGCACUUCUCCCCUCCUUCUCCCCCCUCCUCCUACAAGGACGAGAAAGAGGAGGAGGAUGGAGAGCUGGAAGAUGGACAGGUGGGUGGGAUAGAAGAGGACGCGGAGGAGGAAGAAGGAGAGGAAGGGGAGGAGGAAGGAGAGGAAGGAGAGGAAGACCAGUGA